AUGAUCAUCCCGGCGGCAUCCUGGCUGACUCGGCUGGUGAUCGAUUCCUGCCAUCGACGAACACUGCACGGGGGUGUGCAGCUGACACUCGGCCUGCUCCGCCUGCGCUUCUGGGUGCCUCGAGGAAGAACCGCCGUCAAGCAGCAGCUACAUCGAUGCGUUACCUGCACUCGAUGGCGUGCUGCCACGCCACAGCCUCAGAUGGGUAACCUUCCUCGGGACCGAGUAACGCCAACCCGACCGUUCCUCAGCACCGGCGUGGAUUACGCAGGACCCAUCCUCCUUCGGACCAGCAAGGGACGUGGACACCGUGCGCAUAAAGGGUACAUCGCAGUCUUCAUCUGUUUCUGGUCGAAGGCCACUCACUUGGAGGUCGUCUCCGACUACACCUCCGAGGCUUUCAUCGCCGCUCUGCACCGCUUCGUCUCCCGCAGGGGCCUCUGUGCUGAGAUCUACAGCGACUGCGCGACAGCCGAAGGUCAUCGUAUCGUCCUUGCCGCCACCGCUCAAGGAAUCCGCUGGCACUUCAACCCGCCAGCGGCCCCGCACUUUGGUGGUCUUUGGGAGGCUGCAGUGAAGUCGACCAAGUUCCACCUCCGUCGGGUGAUCGGCGAGACCACCCUCACGUUCGAGGAGCUGAGCACACUCCUCGCCCAGAUCGAAGCUUGUCUUAAUUCUCGUCCAUUGCAGGCACUCUCAGAUGACCCAGAGGACGUCUCUGCGUUGACCCCCGGUCACUUCCUCGUCGGGGCGCCGCUACUUGCUGUGCCGGAACCGUCAUUGACAGGGCAGACGGUACCCACCUUGUCACGCUGA